CCUUGGAUGCUGAGGACGGGGGUUUCGCCGGCUGGUCCCAGGAAAGCAUCUGGUGUUACCCUGCAAGUGCUUUGAACGAUUUAUUUUGCAUUGGAUAUUGUAAAGUAACAAAAAGGGCGUUUGGAGCACUUGACCAGAAAAGCAGAACCAUGUCUUCCAGCUCAGCAAUGGUGCGGAUCCUGAUCAAGGGUGGCAAGGUGGUAAACGAUGACUUCACCCAGGAGGCGGAUGUGUACGUGGAGAACGGCAUCGUGCAGCAGGUGGGCAAAGAGCUGAUGAUCCCGGGUGGGGCCAAGGUGAUCGACGCCUCUGGGAAGCUGGUCCUCCCAGGGGGCAUCGACACCAGCGUGCACCUGCAGCAGAGCUUCAUGAACGCCACCACUGCUGAUGACUACUACAGCGGCACCAAGGCAGCUCUGGCUGGAGGCACCACCAUGGUUAUUGGACACGUCCUGCCUGAGAAGAAUGAGUCCCUCCUGGAGGCCUAUGAGAAGUGUCGGUCCCUGGCCGACCCUAAAGCCUGCUGUGACUAUGCUCUGCACAUGGGGGUCACCUGGUGGGGCCCCAAGGUGAGAGCUGAGAUGGAGGCCCUGGUGCGAGAGAAAGGGGUCAACUCCUUCCAGAUGUUCAUGGCCUAUAAGGACAUGUUCAUGCUGAGGGACAGCGAGCUCUUCCAGGCGCUGCAGAACUGCAAGGACAUCGGGGCCGUGGCCAGGGUCCACGCCGAGAACGGAGAGCUGGUGGCCGAGGGUGCCAAGGAAGCCCUGGACCUGGGCAUUAGUGGACCUGAGGGCAUUGAGAUCAGCAGACCUGAAGAGCUGGAGGCUGAGGCCACUCACAGGGCCAUAACCAUCGCUAACAGGGCCCACUGCCCCAUCUACCUGGUCAACGUGUCCAGCAUGUCUGCGGGAGACGUUGUGGCCACUGCCAAGAUGCAGGGUAAGGUGGUCCACGGGGAGACGACCACGGCGCAUGCCGUGCUGAACGGGCUCCAGUACUACCACCAGGACUGGGCCCAUGCUGCCGCCUACGUGACGGUUCCGCCCAUACGCCUGGACCCCAACACCCCUAACUACCUGAUGAGUCUGCUGGCCAAUGACACCCUCAACGCUGUGGCGUCAGACCACCGUCCUUUCACCGUCAAGCAGAAAGCCAUGGGCAAGGACGACUUCACCAAGAUCCCCCACGGCGUCCCGGGAAUCCAGGAUCGCAUGAGCGUCAUGUGGGAGAGAGGAGUGGUUGGAGGCAAAAUGGACGAGAACCAGUUUGUAGCUGUGACCAGCUCCAACGCUGCCAAGAUCUAUAACCUGUACCCCCGGAAGGGCAGGAUCAUCCCUGGGGCCGAUGCUGACCUGGUGGUCUGGGACCCUGAGAGCACCAAGACCAUCUCUGUGGACACACAGCUCCAGGGAGGAGACAUGAACCUGUACGAGGGUCUUCGCUGUCAUGGGGUUCCCCUGGUCACCAUCAGCCGCGGUCGACUGGUCUAUGAAAACGGCGUCUUCACGUGUUCUGAAGGUUCUGGAAAGUUCUACCCUCUCCGAACAUUCCCAGACUACCUGUACAAGAAGAUGGUCCAGAGGGAGAAGUGCCAGGCUGUGAAAGCUGUGGAGCGUGAGCCCUACGUGGGGGAUGUAGCUGUGGUGAACAACUCAGGCAGGAAGGACUGUGGCCUGGACGACCUGGACACCCCAACGCGUGCCUGCACCAGACACGGAGGGCUCCGCGACCUCCAUGAGUCCAGCUUCAGCCUCUCUGGAGCCCAGUUUGAUGACAAGAUUCCAAAGAGAUCCUCUGCAAGGAUCCUGGCGCCCCCAGGAGGUAGAUCCAGUGGGAUCUGGUAAUCUGGAACCAGCCUGGGUUCAACCAAUCAGCAGCCAGAUCUCAACCAAGAAGGAAGAAUAAAGCCUGAAGGAUAUCAAUGGCCAACCAAGAAAACAUUCUCUCUCUGUCUGUCUGUCUGUCUCUCACUUUCUCUGUCUCUCUUUCUGUUUACUUUUUCCUGUCUCUCUUUCUUUCUGAAUGCAUAGUGAAAAGUGUCACAUUUUAUUUAAACUGAGCACGGUUCUUUACUGUACAUGACAUAAGUGCAACGUCACAUGGCGUUGCGACACUAAUGUUGGAAAUUAAGCUAACCAUAGAAAUUCGAACAAAAUUGAGAUAAAACCUCACAAAGAAAAAAUAAUCUAACACGUUGUUGGAAGCAUCUAAACCAAAUGAAAGCAGCAACUAACAAGCUGUCAUUAACUGAUGUGGAUUCAGAUCAGGGUGUGUCAUUACACUAAUAGUUACAGGGCUAAGGGGGUUGGACUUGAUCUGAUAAUAUUGUUUUACCUCACUGUUAUAUCUACAAUAUUGCACUGCAUCAUGUACUACUUAGCUGCCUUUUGACAUAGUUUUUAUGUGUCUAGACGUGAGUUUUUAUACAGAGUACAACCAUUAGUGAAACGUGGUUAGAUAUACAAUGGUGUUGACAUGAAACACCAUGAAUAUCUCAGUACAUUGUGUGAAACAUUUUAGAAUAUUGAAAUGUGGAUUAUUUUACACAUGGUUUAUUUAUUUCUGUUAUCAUGUAUUUUUUCGAGACGUCAUUCACUUUAGUAGCACUGCCUGCUUCCUGCUUCCAUAGUACAUGGAAUGUGGACCUAGAAAGUGUGUCAACAAACUAGUCCAAGAGCACACUGUCCUCAGCGUAGCUCAUUCAGACUUCCACUAACUGUUUACAGCUUUGUUAGUGUACUUGUCCCUGUCAUUCUCUCCCUACAAUGUGAAUGCACCUAUGCUGCUGUUUGCUGUGCAUUGUGGCAUAGAACCCUUCCUCUCCCAAGCACUGAUGUUACUACAGUUAAGCAGCAUUCUGUGCAAAAGUGCUCAUGGUCAUCAUCCUCCACAAGCAGAAAGCCUCACCUUCAAAGGCCUUUUUCCUAAUCAGUGAAGUCUUACAGUAUCCACAUGAGCAGGUACUACUUAUUGGAACCUCUUACAAAAAAGAAAACAUGCGUUAUGUAGAAUAUUUAACAAUUGAAGAACCCAGUGGUGAAAAUAGAAUCUCUUUCAGGUCCACAGGUUUCUAGAACGGAACUCUUGCUAGGUCCGAAAGAACCAUGCACAUUAUGGACUUUAUAAGGAUUCUGGAAUCUGUUGAGCGUUCUUCUGUUGUAACUAGUGAUUCUAUUUACACCGUUAGCACUUUUUACAAUUCAGUACUUUUGGCUUUGCACUGAAUUGCCUGACUGUUAUAUCUGUUGAUUGACAUUGUCCAACAUAACACCACUGUGAACUGGAAACACAAACAUACUGACAAUGGAUCCAAACAAUGUCAGAAAACUCUCCCUGUAUGCCAUUCAAUGUCUUUCAGUAUAACAGUGUAACUAAGGUAUGCUUGUUCAAGUGUUAGAACAAAGAAACACACUAAUGCUAUUCAGUAAUACGUCAUCAUCCACUGUCAUUUAAUCUCAUUCUGGAGAAUAAUCUUUUUAUUUCAUGUUGUUUAUCAUUGCACAAUAUACUUCCGAUAAAAAAACUGCAGUGUAGAAGUCCUACCGGUGCUAAAUAAUGUGUUCUGGAUUGUGCUUUAUUUUAUCUUAUGUCUUGCAGCUCUUUACCACAUGAUUGAGUGCAAAUAAACCACACUGAAAUGUC